AUGAGCGAAUUUUUAAGUGAUAUGGUGGUUGACCUUACAAACUUCGGACAACUUUCGACUGCCGAGAGCCACAGUGAAAUGGCGUUACUGCCUGAAAACAAAGAAAUCGAAGACACAGAGAAUGAACAUGUUAUUUCAGAGAGUGAUCAUGGAGCACAGAACUCUGAAGAAUGCGUCCAAAACUUUAUAGAGGACUUAGACUCGGCUACGAUGGACCGAAGCGAGUCGCCUGAAGAAGAUGGCAGCCAUAAAACUGACUGCAACGAUCCAGACGUGAAGCCAACCCAUUCUUACAUUGCGCUGAUAGCAAUGGCGAUAUUAAGCUGCCCUAACAAGAAGAUGAUACUGGGAGAUAUCUACCAGUACAUUUCAGAUAACUUUCCGUAUUACCGAAAUAAGGACAAGAGUUGGAGGAACAGUAUCAGACACAACCUGUCUCUAAAUGAGUGUUUUAUCAAAGCGGGUCGCAGCGAAAACGGCAAAGGAAACUACUGGGCUAUUCACCCGGCCAACCUUGAAGACUUUGCCAACGGUGAUUUCAGGCGUAGAAGAGCCAGACGGCGGGUGAGGAGAAGCAACCCUUUAAAAUAUGGAAGCAGUUCCUGUCCCUCGGCGUAUUUCCGGGGACUGAGUCCUCUUUCAGCAUCUUCGUCUUUCUUUCCUUUUCGCACUGACGACUGUCGCGGAUACCCAAACCUAACAUACAUCCGUCCUACCAAGAAAAGCUUCGCCAUUGAAAGCAUCAUGGGUUCUUACGAUUCCCCUUACCUCUACAGUCCACUAUCUGUUAGGUCGUACCCUUCUCUGAAUCUGGUUGGGAGUCGAGAAUUUCGUGGCACCUCACCACCCCACUCGCUUCUUUUCCAUACCUCACCGAAGCUCGUCUCUUGCGUAUCAAAAUUGGGAGCAACUGCUAUUCCCGGGUGUGCUGCAACCUCACUAGAGUCGUCAGCGUUUUCAGCUUACCUCGGAUCAAAAACUGUUGUCACACAGGGCCAAAAAGGCUCUGCACCAGAAAGCUGGCAAGAAACUCUAUCUAAAUUACAAGAUCAACUGAGAAAAGUAACACCCUAA